CGCAACCUAUUUGUUUUCGCUUUGCCACGACAACGGCAAAGUUAAGGGCCCGUAAUUCGACACUUUAAGCGCAGCGGUUGUUAUAUAAACAACCCGAUCCCCAACUUACGCGCUCGCACCAUCCAUCCACGCUCUUCAAUCUUCACAGUUCUUCGCUGCAGCCAUCGCAUCACCGCAUCUAUUACAAAGCAUUCAUCACAAUGGCGAAACCUCUCAACGUCCUCAUCUCGACCUUCAAUGGUCUCGGUCUUCCACCAACCUUGGUUCUGCGCACACCUCCGACUACUACAGUCACCUCUCUACGGGAGCAGAUCGACGGGAAACUGCCUCCCGGGGCCACCGAAGCCAAAUUCAUCAUCACAACACUCUCAAACCGCCUGCUGCCCCAAGUAUCAGAGGCACCCAUUUUGACCUAUCUAACAUCUGAUGAAGAUGACUUCCUCUCUUUGCGCCUCGCUAUUCCCCUAUGCGGUGGAAAAGGUGGUUUCGGAUCUCAGCUCCGAGCUGCUGGUGGUCGCAUGUCAUCGCGCAAGAAGCAGAAGCAAGAUGACGGUGGCUCAAGCCGAAACCUGGAUGGAAGACGACUGCGCACUAUUAACGAGGCCAAGGCUCUCGCCGAGUACCUCGCUAUCAAACCAGAGAUGGAGAAGAAGGAGAAAGAGAAGCGGCGCCAACGAUGGGAAGAGAUUGUUGACAUGGCUGAGAGGAGAGAGGCAGAGAUCAAGUCUGGCGGUAGGGGCAAGCUGGACGGCCAGUGGGUUGAAGAUAAAGAAGAGAGCAACGAGCGAACUCGCGAAGCCGUACUGGCUGCUAUGAAGUCCGGAAACUACAAGGACAACCUACUUAGCUCAUCUCACGAUUCUGCGUCAACUGAGCAAAGCAAUAGCAAAUCCGUGAGUGACGGAGAGGAUUCGGAGAGCUCCAAAGAAUCACCUCCUCCAACAGAAGCUGGUCCAUCAAAGGCCAAGCCAAGAACAUUCUUUGGCUUUGAUGAGGACGACGAAUUCAUGAGUUCUGAUUCGGAGGAUGAGGGUGAAAAGAAAUCUUCAUAAUGGGAGCUGGAGCGCAAUUAUGAUUUCCUUUUUUUUUCUUCAAAAAGCAAUGAAAGGAGUUUUGGUCAUUGGAUGCAUUUGGGACAGGAAUAUUAUUCGAGCUUGAUACGAUACCAAUAAAGCUAAUGUGUAU